AUGAUAUAUGCCACAAAAGAGAUAAAUUCCAUUGAGUCUUUGCUCCCAAAUAUAUCUCUAGGCUAUCAAAUCUUUGACACAUGUGCACACUCUUCAGAAUCUCUCUGGGGAACAUUUUGGACUCUGUCUGGAGAGGUCCAUCCAAUUCUGAACUACCAGUGUAACCAGAAAGUUCCUCUUGCUGUCAUUGGUGAUGGCUUAUCAAUAUCUACUUUAACAAUGGCUACUGUUUUAGGGACAUACAUGUACCCUCAGGUAAGCUAUGGAGCAUCCCUAGCCUCGCUGAAUAACCGGCUUCUGUAUCCAUCAUUCUUCCGAACCAUUUCUGGUGACAACAGACAGGCCAGGGCCUUGGCUGCACUUGUUGCCCACAUGGGAUGGAACUGGGUUGGUUUACUAUCUUUGAAUGAAGACUAUGGAAUUAUAGGUUCUCAACUUCUCAAAGAGGAGCUUCAUAAAUUGGGGGUGUGCCUUGCAUAUCAUGAAACAUUUGGUCAAACAACCUCCCUAAUGAAAAUGAAUUACAUUGUAAAUUUGGUCAUUGAGUCAUCUGCUAUGGUUAUUAUAAUUUUUUCCAGGGAACCUUUCACCUAUCCUUUAAUGGCCAUUCUUCUAGAGAGAGACAACAACAAGCGCAUUUGGCUUGGUACUGAAGGAUGGUCAAAUUCACCCUUUUUAGCCAGUAAAAAGUUUAGUAAAAUUAUGUCUGGGACUCUUGCACUGUCCUUGCAUGGGAUGGAUAUACCAGGGUUAAAGGAAUAUCAACUUGCUCUUCGACCUUCAACCUUGCUUCCUCAGGAUAUCUUCAUUGAAGAUUUCUGGGAAAAAGUCCACGAAUGUCAGUGGUCAAACAAAAGCAGUGCUGCAGAAAAUGGUACAGUGUGGUGCACAGGGGAGGAAACAUUGACCAGAUUUAGGAGCAAUGAAUAUGAGUUUAAUGAAUUUGACUUUCGACUGCACUAUUUGGUGUAUAGUGCAGUAUAUGCUGUGGCCCAUGCCCUACAUGAACUAAUCUUCUGCACACCUAGUGACAGUCAACCUGGAAAAUGCAGAAAUCAAAAAGCCAUAGCACCAUGGCAGAUUGUUCGCUCCAUAAAAAAUAUCCAUUUCAAGAAUCCAAUGGGAGAGGAAAUGUAUUUUGAUUCUACUGGAAAUCCACCAACUGACUAUGAUGUGAUAAACUGGCAUAGGAACCUAGAUGGAUCCAUCAACUUUGUGAAGGUUGGGCGCUAUAAUUUACGUGAGUCUCAACAGAAUGAGCUGACCAUCAAUAUCUCUGCAAUUAGGUGGAUCACUGGAGAACUGGAGAUCCCUUGCUCUUUGUGCUCUGAGCACUGCUCUCCUGGAUUUCGAAAGGCUGCUAAAAAUGGACAACCGAUGUGCUGCUUUGACUGUCUUCCCUGUUCAGAAGGGGAAAUAUCUGAUCGUAUAGAUUCCAGCAACUGUUUCUUAUGUCCAGAUGAACUGUGGCCAAAUAAAAACAACACUGUAUGCAUCCCGAAAGUUGUUGAGUUUUUGUCCUACUGGGAACCGCUUGGAAUUACGUUGACCACAACGACCAUCUUUAGCUCACUCAUCACUAUCAGCAUAUUGUGUGUGUUCAUCAAAUACAGAGACACAGCCAUAGUCAAAGCCAACAAUCGAGAUCUCACCUACCUUCUUCUCACUUGUCUGUUUUUAGGCUUCUUGUGCUCAUUACUUUUCAUUGGGGAACCUCAAAAAUUCACUUGUCGCUUUCGCCAAGGAGCCUUUGGUGUCAUUUUUGUUCUCAGUAUUUCAUGCGUCUUAGCCAAGACUAUCAUGGUGGUCAUUGCUUUUAGAGCUACCAAACCAGGAAGCAACAUGAGGACAUGGAUGGGAUCUAAAGUUCCAACCUCAACUAUAUCGCUGUGCACCUCCAUCCAGUUUUUUAUAUGUGUCUACUGGAUGCUCCAAUGCCCUCCUUUCCCUGAAAGAAAUACAAAGAUCAAAACAGGAAUCAUCAUCUUCCAGUGCAAUGAAUGUUCAGAUACCCUUCUAUGGUGUAUGUUGGGAUACACUGCAUUUUUGGCUUGUGUCAGCUUUUUUAUUGCCUUUCUGGCACGAAAAUUACCAGACAGCUUUAACGAGGCCAAGUGGAUCACAUUCUCCAUGUUGAUCUUCUUGAGUGUCUGGAUUUCCUUUGUCCCAGCCUAUCUAAGCUCUCAAGGCAAGUUCAUGGUGGCUGUUGAAGUUUUUGGAAUUUUAUCCUCCAGUGCUGGGAUUGUAGGUUGUAUAUUCUUCCCCAAAUGCUAUAUUAUAUUACUAAGACCCAACCUGAACUCCCGACAGAACCUACUGGGUAAAGGCACCACCAAGAAGACAUAG